CAGAUUGUGAAGUCCGUCAGUUGGCUCGAGGUCUAGCCAUGGAUCAGACGUACUGUGUAAUCGGUCUAAUUUUGGUGACACUCUCGCUUUUAUACCGGCAUUUGACCAGCACUUACGGUUACUGGAAAAACAAGUCGGUACCAUGUUUGAACGGAGCUUUACCGGGUCUCGGACACAUCGCGCCGAUGAUUUUUCUGCGAAAGCAGAUGUCGGAUAUGUACAGAGACUUCUACAACGAGAUGCCGGGUCGCAGUGUAAUCGGUCUCUACAACUUUCGAAGACCGUCCUUGAUGCUGUGCGAUCCGGAAUUGGUGAAGUGCAUAAUGACGAACAAAUUUAAGGAUUUCUCCCACAAUGACUUUGAGAUAGACACAAGAAUGGAUCCCAUACUGGCCACUAAUGCCGGCUUUACAAACGGAGAUCACUGGAAAGCAUCGAGACAGCAAUUGAGCUCGGCCUUCACCUUGGGGAAGCUUAAAUAUUUAUUCAAGUCCAUCAAGAUCACUUGCGGUGAGCUCGACGGGUAUUUAAAUAAAAAAUGCAGCGUAAAUGAUCGCCGUGAUACAGUGGAGCUGGAAUUGAAGGAUCUGUUCUCGAAAUACACAGCUGGGAUCGUCGCAAGCUCAGCUUUUGGCAUCGUCGAUGACAGUUUUAAAAGUGACGAUAAAUACGGAGCUUUCAGAGCCACUGGACGGCUGAUGUUCGAGCCGUGGUUCGCGAAGAGUCUGAUCCGGAACAUCAUGCUGUUCAUACCGGUGCCGUCGAGGAUCAUAAAGACACGUUUCAUACCCAAAGAAGUGGAUCAGUUCUUUAGGAAGGUCGUCAAGGACGUUAUCAAGCACAGAGAAGAGCGGGGCGGCGAAUACACGGACUUCUUGCAGCUCAUGAUCGAGACCAAGAAGAAGGCCAAGGUCGACCUGAGCUUGGAGCAAUUAGUCGACAACGACGUCAUCGCGUCUCACGCAGGUUCCUUCUUUUUCGACGCGUACGGAUCGAUCAACGUCACCCUGAGUUUCCUGGUAUUCCAGAUCGCCGAACACCCCGAAGUCCAAGAUCGUCUCCGCCAGGAAGUCGUAGACAUCGUUUCAGAUAGUGGUGGCCUCACUUACGAAGCUGUCCAACGAAUGGUAUACAUGGAUCGAGUCAUCAACGAAUCCGCACGCCUUUAUCCCGCUUUUGGAGCACUUUUGAAACGGUGUACGAAUGACACUGAGCUCGUAGGUUCGGACGGAAUCACUUGCCAAGUCAGUACUGGAACUUCUAUCGUGAUACCGGUUGCUGCUUUGCACAUGGAUCCCGAGUACUGGCCGAAACCUGAGGAAUUUAAUCCUGAACGUUUCACCGAGGAGAACAAACAGCGGCGACACAAAUUUGUCUAUCUUCCGUUUGGAGGGGGGCCGAGGAUUUGUCCUGGACAACGGGUCACCGUGUUCAUCGUGAAGGCUGCUGUCGCGACGAUCAUUCAGAAGUACAGAUUCGAUCUGUCGUCGCGAAACAAAAUCCCCAUUCAAUUGAACCCAAACUACUUUGUGACUACUGCUGUUGGCGGACUUUGGGUGAAAUUCACACCAUUGUGAAACGAGCUGCUUCUUCAUGAACUGUUAAUGUAUGAAUUUUGGCUCUUUUGGCCUCGCAAGUCAAAUCAGCAUCUGAUAAAUUAUAAUUGUUUUCAAUUUCACUUGAGUUUUGCUCAAGCUGGUCUUGAUGAUAAGGAGGUACAUUCACUUCAUUAAAAGUAUCUCAUAUUAUCCUUCCUAGUUUCGGUUGUUGAAAACAUUUCUUCUUAACGCAAAACGAUUUACACAAGUGCAGUUGAUUUUGUAUACCAGAAACUAGUUGAGAAUAAAAAAAGUAUAGUAGUUAUCCAGUCAUCCGACACCGUUCAAAUGUUACGUAACGCUGAGUGGAGAAGGGGGGAAGGGGGGGGGGGGGCGCGAAAACAGAUAAAAACAUCGUUGUGUAAUAACUAAACGAGUCCUGAGAUAAUUAAGCGGUAGAUGAAUAUUCAUUUCGGUAGGAAAAGAAAUACUUCUAACAAUAAGAUGUCAUUAUGAUUCUCAUAUCGAUAUAAUAAUGUGCUCAGUAAUGAUGUCUUUAAUGGGAUAUUUCAUGGAAUUGAGUGAACCAAUUACUUUUUCGUUAGUCGCAUAGUUUGACCACUCCAGGUUUCACCAAAAACAGACGAUCUUUAUCCAAGUUCACAUUUCAACCGAAUAAAAAUAGAUAAAACAUCGAAACAAGUCGCACAAUCCUCGAAGCACGUUUUCGAACAGACCUUUGACACUAAUCUCUAAUCUAUUCGGUACCGGAAGUACUAUGUCUUUAUAGUAUACCAGAUUCCCGGGAAAUUUUUUUUUUCCUUCAUCUUGAUAAACAUUUUUCAAAUCAAUUGUGAUUAUAUUUGAUUUACGUGAAUCCAAAUUUUGAAGAAUCGAAGAGCUACCGAAAUUUCCUUAGAUGUAAGUAUAUUUACGUACACUCAAGUUGAUUUGAUGUUGUCAAUAAACGCUUAUGCUUAUUA